CCCUCCAACGAGAGUCGUUGGGACUGGCUGAGAAAGAAAUUGGGUCCCGGCAAUUUGACAUCGUCCGAACUGGAGGAGGUUUGAACCGCACAGAAGCAAGUCAUGCCGAAGGCCUAAACAGUCUAUACUCUUCCCAUAUUGCUGAAGCUGCCUUAUACUCUGGAUGCAACAGGUAUCUAUCAACUGGAAGUGAUCAUAAUACACAGACUGAAAACACAGGAAAUACACUUGCUAGAGAGAAGGCACAUGGCCACCCAUUCUCCACAGAAAACACACAAGUGCACCUACUGUGAAAAGAUGUUCCACCGGAAAGAUCAUUUGAAGAACCACCUCCAGACGCACGACCCCAACAAGGAGGCCUUCAAAUGCGAGGAGUGCGGCAAGAACUACAACACAAAGCUGGGCUACAAGCGUCACUUGGCCCUGCAUGCUGCCACCAGCGGCGACCUGACCUGCAAAGUGUGCCUUCAGACAUUCGAGAGUACAGAGGUCUUGCUCGAACACCUGAAGACCCACUCGGGCAAGUCAUCCAGCGGCGUCAAGGAGAAGAAGCACCAGUGCGACCACUGCGACCGCAGAUUUUACACUCGCAAGGAUGUCCGCAGACACAUGGUGGUGCACACAGGCAGGAAGGACUUCCUGUGUCAGUACUGCGCUCAGAGGUUUGGGAGGAAGGACCACCUGACCAGACACAUGAAGAAGAGUCACUCGCAGGAACUGUUGAAAAUUAAGACUGAGCCGUCAGACAUGAUCGGUCUGGUCCACUCCAGCCCACCCGUCACCGUGAAGGAGGAACUGAGUCCCAUGAUGUGCAUGGCUUCCAAGGAGGCAUUAGGUAAGCCAUUUACAAGUUUGCCAAUGAGCAUGUACAGCCCUCACAUUCAAGCCAUGACCAAUUCAGGAUCACCGCAUAGCCUGGUUGCCAGUUCCCUAGCCAUGGGAAUGGGUUGCCAAAUGGAACCUCCAAGCCCUCUUCAUUCACCGCCUCCCCAACCCCCUUCUAAGUACCAGCUCGGAUCUACCUCAUAUGCCACUGCUCUGCCUGACAAGCCAACAAAAAUCGAGAUGGAGAGUUACUUAAUGGACUUAAACAGCGGUUUGCCUCUUUCAUCUCACGACUCCCAGCGUUCGCCGCCCAAAGUGGGUUUGGACUCGCAAAGCGGGCCCCUGGAUGACAUUUCCGGUGAGCAUUUGCUCUCCAAAAGCCCCGCCAUUAUCGCCGAAUCCCUCUGUACAGCGAACAUGGACUUCUCACACUUGCUGAGCUUCUUACCACUGAACCACCCGACGUACAAUCCCCCUGUUUCAUCAGGGGGGCUGAUCAUGGGCUAUGCCCAAAGCGAGCCCCAGCCCUCGCUCACCUCCCUCCAGCCGCAGCUGCAGGACUCGCAAGGAACUGGCCUGAGCCUCGGCCCCCUUCAUCCCUUGUCUCCGGUCUUUACCACCAGCCUGAACACCACACUGCCACGCUUUCACCAGGCCUUCCAAUAGACUGCCUGCCGUUUGGGCCCCUUUUUUUAAUCUUUAUUCAGCAAUCUGUAAAGCAAGGAAAUGUUACUGAAACGCACAAAACAUUCUCAAAUUCAAGGAAGGCUGAAAGCUUUCAGGAUGCUUUUAAAUAUAAGGCAACUUCCGUUAUUCAAAUCAAAUCCACAAUACGAUGGAGUUCUUUAAUAAUCUAUUGGCGACUGACGAGGCACGGCGAAGUGACAAGACAGUUGCUUUCUACGCUCUAAUAUGAAUACAAAUCCACACGAGGGCGGAACGUAUCCGAACUAUGUGAAAAGUGGAUGAGUUUUAAUGUGAAAUUACACCCUGACAGCUUACAUGCAUUCAUUCAUUCAUUCAUUCAUUCAUUCAAUCAUUCAUAUAUUUUUAACGUAUACGGAGGAGACCUGUUACGAUAGAAGUUAGUUGGCGAGCUAAAUUUUUUGUUUGUGUUUGAAGUAAAAUUACAGGGAAAUUAAUGACGGAUGGGAAAAAAAAUAAUAUUCGUUAGGUAUUAUGGCAUUAUUGCAAACAAUGUAUUAAUCUGGGCUUUGAUAGCCAUGCUUGGAAAUUGCCUCCAAAUUCUUUUGUACAAUACGUCACACAGACAAGAGAUGUGUGGAGCAGAAGUUGCACAGUGAAAACGAUUUGAGGUUUGCUAACUACCCAAUUCACACGCAGUUGUACAGCCCUUUUAAUCCCC